AAAAAACAUAUGUUCGCAGUUCUCUAGUCGUUUCAACCACGUGUGAAUAGUUUUUACACGAUUUUUACACGCUACACGCAAUGGAAGUUGCAAUUAAAAGAGAUUCAAGCGAAGAUGUUCUCAAAACUAGAUUGGGAACAUGCGAGAAAUGCGGUGCUCAAGAGGCUAGGUACAGGUGUCCUCGCUGCGAAUUCAGAUCGUGUUGCUUGCAGUGUGUCAAUCUCCACAAGAAAGAGUUUGAUUGCAAUGGGAUUCGAGACAAGACUCGAUUCAAAUCCUUGUCUCAAUUUACAGAAUUGGAUCUUUUGAGUGAUUACCGAUUGCUGGAAGAAGCAAGCAGAUCAGUUGAAAGUUACUACAGAGAUGUCAGCAAAAGAAGUACACGAGUCAAUAAAGAACUCCCAACACAUCUUCACAAACUGAGGUGCACUGCAGCCCAACGAGGAGUCACACUUAGAUUUUUGCCCCCAAACUUUACUCGCCACAAACUCAAUACAACCUAUCUGGACUGGAAAACCAAAAAAAUAGAUUGGAAAGUGGAAUGGAAAUUUGUGUGGAAGGAUGUCACAACUGUUGAAAAUAGAGUUCCCGAAAAUGAGCUUCUUCGGGAUGUUUUCACGAAAACCUUAGAAGCCAAUUCCAAAAAUGUAUUUUUGAAUGAAUCCGAUUUAAACAAGGUGCAAAUAUUCCUGGCGGCCGAACACACACCGGGCCAGAAUGGAAGGUUCCAUCUAAUUAGUCUGGACAAGACUCUGGCAGACAAUCUCAAGGGAACUGUUAUUGUGGAACACCCCAUCUUCCAAGUAGUAUUAGACCCAGCAGAUGAAUAUCCUUUGAUUGGCACUCCGGUCAGGGUCAGAGAGCCAAAAGCGAAGGUGGAAAGAAUUGCUGGAGCGACCAACAGCAGUGGCGACAAUAACGAGCAAGACGGCCCAGAUGGCAAAAAACAGAAAUUAACCUUUUUUGACGUUUCAGAUGGCGAAGAACACAGCGAGUCUUGAGAAUAUUUACGUCGCGCAUAAUUCCAUUUCUGUAUCUGUUUAUUCGAGUAUAGAAAGGAACGAAUAAAGAAGUGAACACAAAAAUGACCAAUCAUUUAUACUCUACAUCGAACAAAAUUGGGGGGAUUAAACAAGAGAUAACCGCCACCUUCAUCCCACUUGAAACUUUCGUAAAUAACUGUUACGACACUACAAGCUAAUAAACAACAAUGAAAUAACUCUGGGAUGAAAAUGUGAUUGAUUGGAUCCAAGUAAACAUUGAAAUAGAAGAGAGAUUGUCCCGGUAAAGCUAAUAGCUAAUCCUUAAGGGUUUUAAAAGUACGUUGAUAAGCAAGAAAGGGCAAGUAACUUCGUUUGUCUCACCAAAUCGCCAAGAAACACUAUACAAUGCACGAAUAGAUGUGGUUCCAUCAGCUGCAAAGAGAAAU